AUGAUGGACAUCACCAACAGGAGCUCUUAGGGUGUGUUUGUGCUCCUGGGCUUCUUUGCUAGGCCAGCGCUGGAACCUGUCCUCUUUGUAGUCAUGGCAUCAUUCUAUGGGGUGUCCCUUGUGGGCAAUGCGGUCAUCACACUCCUCUCCUGCAUGGACGUGCAUCUGCACACAGCCAUGUACUUCUUCCUGGCCAACCACUCCUUCCUGGAUGUGAGCUUCACCACGAGCAUCAUCCCCCAGCUCCUGGUCAAACUCUGCGGACUUCGGAAAACCAUCAGCUAUGCCAGGUGCAUGGCUCAGUUCUACAUCUCACACUGUCUGGGUGCCACUGUGUGCAUCCUCACAGCCAUCAUGUCCUAUAACCAUUAUGCUGAGGUCUGCAGACCACUGCACUACAUGGUCCUGAUGCACCUGAGGCUCUGCAUGGGCCUGGCCUGUACCUCCUGGCUCAAUGGACUCAGCACCAGCCUGGUGGGCUCCAUGCUCACCAUGCUGCUGCCCCUGUGUGGGAAUAACCACAUCUACUACUUCUUCUGCGAGAUACCCCUCAUCAUGCAGCUGGCCUGUGUGGGCACCAGGCUGAAUGUGCUGGAGAUGUACCUGGCCAGCUUUGUCUACAUGGUGCUGCCCCUGAGGCUGAUCCUCCUGUCCUAUGGCCACAUCACCAAGGCCAUGCUGAGCAUGAGGAUGGCCAAGGGGAGAAAGCCCUUCAGCACCUGCUCAUCCCACGUGGCUGUGGUGUCCCUGUUGUGUGGGAGCAUCAUCUUCAUGUACCUAAAGCCAGCCAUGAACGGCUUCCAUGAGCAGGGCAAGUUCAUGGUGCUCUUCUACACAGUAGUCAUGCCUACGCUGAACCCACUUAUCUACACCCUGAGGAACAAGGACAUGCACGGGGUGCUGGGCCACCCCAUGCUAGGGCCCUGUGGUGCCUCAGGAUGCAUGGCUAGAGAAUAG